AUGGCGCCAAAGAUCGACCUGGCAGAGUAUUUAUGGCGGCGACUUGCCGAAAUUGGGCUGCGUUCCCUUCAUGGCGUUCCUGGAGACUACAACUUGACUAUGCUGGACUACCUGGAGUCCACUGGCAUUCAUUGGGUCGGUAAUGCCAAUGAACUUAACUCUGGCUACGCCGCAGAUGCAUAUGCGAGAAUCAAAGGCAUCGGAGCUCUUGUGACAUCCUUCGGUGUUGGGGAGCUUUCUGCCAUCAACGCCAUUGGGGGCGCCUAUGCUGAGAGAUCCCCGGUUGUACACGUUGUCGGAACGCCUCCGGUCGCCGCUCAGCGCGCCGGCGCCUGUCUGCACCACUCACUGGGGGACGGCAACUUCAGAGUUUUUGCGGAUAUGUACAAAUCUGUCACAGUUGCCCAGGCGAAUCUGGUAGAUGCGGAAUCGGCUCCCCGGAUGAUUGACACAACUCUGGCGGAAUGUCUCCGACAGAGUCGGCCGGUGUAUAUCGAGCUGCCGACCGACAUGGUUAGGCUUCAGGUUCCUGCACCCGAAUCUGCAAUAAACCUUUCGAUCCCCAGCUGCCAGGGAAUGGAUGAGGACCGAAGCAUCGACGAAGUUGUGGCUCGCAUUCAAACCUGCAAGCGACCUAUGAUCUUGGUCGACGGUCCAAGUGCCAGGUUCGGGAUCACACAAGACCUCAACGCCCUCGUUGAGGUAACAGGAUUUCCUACACUUACCACGCCAUGCGGAAAGGGCAUCAUCAACGAAACCCUUCCUAACUUUCAUGGUGUUCAUCUCGGGUCUGCAGCAGAGGCUGCACAUCAAACUUGGGUAAAUGAGCGAGACCUAGUUCUUCACUUUUGUCCACUCUACUCGGAUACGAAUACUUUCGGCUUCACUGCGAUCCCGGACCCCAUUGUUGCAGUGACUUUCGAGCCUGAGUUCAUUUGCAUGGGCAGUUUGGGGAAUCAUACUGCUGAUGGUUGUCCGAUUCCUAUCAAGUCUGCUAUCUCCAAGCUGUUGGGAAGGUUGCAAACCCUGGAGAUGCCGACCCCUGAUGGGUAUCCGGAUGAAUGUCCUUCACCCAAGGUCAUGCUUCAAAGUCUCCCUCGUCCAGAUGACAGCUCCAUCGUGGAUCAGUCCUCAUUCUGGUUGCUCAUGUCGAAUUUCCUGAAGCAAGGGGAUAUCGUCUUGACGGAAACUGGUACGGCUUCUUAUGGCGGUCAUAGUCUCGCUCUUCCAAAAGAUACCGUCGUCAUCAACUCAACCAUCUGGCUCUCAAUUGGAUUCAUGCUUGCCGCUUGUCAAGGAGCCGCCCUAGCUCAGAGGGAUAUGAGUACGGAAGGUGUUCGGAGAUCUGGACGGACUAUCUUGUUUGAGGGCGAGGGCAGCCUCCAGAUGACUGCGCAAUCGAUCAGCGACAUGAUUCGGAACAGGCUCGACGUCAUCAUUUUUGUCCUCAACAACAACGGAUACACAAUCGAGCGCCUCAUACAUGGAUUCGCGGCCGACUACAACGAUGUGCAGGCGUGGAGAAACCUGGAAGCGCCCAGCUACUUCGGAGCACCAACCGCUGAUGCUACCUAUCCCGUACGCACAUUCGCGGCUGACAACUGGGGCCAACUUCGUGGGGUGCUUGAGCGUCCCGACCUUAAAGACGGCAAGGGGUUUAACAUGGUCGAGGUCAAGAUGGACAUGGCUGAUGCUCCACGAUCACUAAAGCUGUUCGCCGAGUACUUGGUGAAGAGAAACGGUGGCGGGGCAUAA